UGUGAUAUCUCGCUUGGUGAUUCACACAGGUGGGGAUUAUAUUCAUCCUUUUUUCUAAAGUUGAUGUAGAAAAAAAUCUACGCAGAAAGGUUUAGAACAUUAAAAACAACUAAAUAAGUUUAAAAAGCAUAUAGGACAUAGUGCGAGGAGUGAUUUGAGUACUAUUAAGUUUGGUGUUGUUUGUGGUAAUUGAAAAUAAUCCACAAUGGAUAUAUCGAGUGAGCUCGUCAAGUUAUUGUCUGAUUUAUCAAUAACAACUGGAGACAGGGAAAAAAGUGAUGCUUGGAGAAAAGCACUAGAAAAUGCAUAUAAUGCCGGAGUUACUAACUGGAAUGAUAGUGGUAGUAGAAGUAGAAGAUACAGGCGUUACAGAUCUCUAGAAGAUUUAUGUAGUCCACUCCUUACUGAUACAUAUACUAGCCAUGCUCCAAAAGAGAAUGAUAAGGAUUUAUUCAUUAGAGAAACUAUGGAUGCCCAACAUCAAGAAGUUAAAGGUGAUAUUCCCAAAAAAUGUCACAGCUUUUCUCAUCUUGAAAAGAUCGGAAAGUAUGUUAAUCGUAAUGAAACAACAAUUAAAAGAAAAAAUGAAUAUACAGAAGAUUAUAAUAGAGAAACUAUAUCAAAAUAUAAUUCACCUUCUGCAGAAAUUAAUAAUGAAUUAGUUGAAGCCCAACAAAAUUCAAUUUCAAAUGAUGCAGCCCGCGUUCAAAGAAACGAUGAAUAUACAGAAGAUAAUAAUACACAAACUUCAAAAGAUAAUCCACCUUUUGCAGAAAUAAACAGUGAAUUUGAUGAAACCCAACAAAAUUCAAUUUCAAACGAUGCAGUCCGUGUUCAAAGAAAAUAUGAAUAUACAGAAGAUAAUAAUACACAAACAUCAACAGAUAAUCCACCUUCUGCAGAAAUUAACAGCGAAUUUGGUGAAACCCAACAAAAUUCAAUUUCAAAUGAUGCAGCCCGUGUUCAAAGAAAAGAUGAAUAUACAGAAGAUAAUAAUACACAAACAUCAAAUGAUAAUCCGCCUUCUGCAGAAAUUAACAGUGAAUUUGUUGAAACCCAACAAAAUUCAAUUUCAAACGAUGCAGCCAGUGUUCAAAGAAAAGAUGAAUAUACAGAAGAUAAUAAUACACAAACUUCAAAAGAUCAUCCACCUUCUGCAGAAAUUAACAGUGAAUUUGACAAAACCCAAGAAAAUUCAAUUUCAAACGAUGCCACCAGUGCUCAAAGAAAAGAUGAAUAUACAGAAGAUAAUAAUACACAAACUUCAAAAGAUCAUCCACCUUCUGCAGAAAUUAACAGUGAAUUUGACAAAACCCAAGAAAAUUCAAUUUCAAACGAUGCCACCAGUGUUCAAAGAAAAGAUGAAUAUACAGAAGAUAAUAAUACACAAACUUCAAAAGAUCAUCCACCUUCUGCAGAAAUUAACAGUGAAUUUGACAAAACCCAAGAAAAUUCAAUUUCAAACGAUGCCACCAGUGCUCAAAGAAAAGAUGAAUAUACAGAAGAUAAUAAUACACAAACUUCAAAAGAUAAUCCACAAAUUUGCAGAAAUUAA